AUGCGAGGAUGGAUUCCGAACAUUUCGUCCUCCGUUGACUACAUAAUGCGGAGAGCCAACAUCUGCAAUAUGAAUGUCAUUGUCGCGAACUGGCAUCUGGCAAUUCCACGAAAGAACGAGAAUGGGUUUUGCCUAUCGACAGGUCUCCAUUUCGGCACACAGCCUGACUGUAUUAUUGUGCAAGACAUUCGGUGUUUGAUGAACAUUCGUCGGUCAGCUGACAACCCGGAGUCAUCGAAAGACGAACUGUUGGCAAGAGGAGUGAGGAGUGAGGAGCUGCCAAUACCUGGGUCAGGCAUGUACACACCGAUAUGCGAUUGGCAAUGA